CCCCAACUCAAGAACUGAAUCUCAACAACAAAAUUAAAACAAAAUUUAUUCCACCUGGCUAUAGCUUGUUUUGAUUGAAGGGAAUGGAAAGAUUUGAUAAUGAGGAAGAACUUGUUGAGCCUGUGAGUCCAACAGGACAAUACUUGACCAGCUCUUCACUGAGUGUGUACAUUCUUGGUGUCUUGGAAGCUGAGAUUCCCAUUGAUGACUCUCAAACCGUGCCACUGCUUCAGAAUCUCUUCCUUCCAAUCAACUCACGUUUCUCCUCAAUCAUGAUUAGGGACAAAAAUGGAGAGAAAAAGUGGAAGAAAGUUGAAGUGAAGCUAGAGGACCACAUCAAAGUUCCUACAUUUCCCAAUGGCAAGUCAUCCAACUUCUUAUAUGAUGAACAUAUUGAGGACUACAUGUCCACAAUAGCAUUGGAACACUUACCACAACAUAGACCACUAUGGGAACUUCACAUCAUCAAAUACCCUUCAACAAAUGCUUGUGGCACUGUGGUGUUCAAGCUCCACCAUGCCCUAGGGGAUGGUUUCUCCCUCAUGGGUGCCCUUCUUUCAUGCAUGCAAAGGGCUGACAACAUUAGUCUACCCUUCACACUCCCAUCAAGCCAAAGACCCAGAUCAAUUUACAACAACACCAAUGAGGCCUUGAAGAGGGUGCCCUCCAUGGUGUCCUUGGCAUUUAGAACUGUGUCGGAUUUUGGAUGGAGCUUGUUGAAAAGUAGCUUGAUUGAAGAUGACCAAACACCAAUUAGGUCUUGUGCUGAAGAUGUCAAGCUUAGGCAAAUGGUCAUCUCAAAUGUGACCAUCUCUUUGGAUCAGAUCAAAGAAGUGAAAGCUAAACUUGGUGUGAGCAUAAAUGAUGUGCUAGCUGGAGUAAUCUUCUUUGGCAUCAGGCUAUACAUGCAAGAAAUAAACCUGAAAUCAAGCCAAACACAGUCCACAGCAUUGGUGUUGCUGAACACAAGAAACAUAGAAGGGUACAAGUCAGUUAAGGAGAUGGUGGAAAAGACCAAUAGUAGGGCUGCAUGGGGGAACCAAUAUGCAUUCUUGCAUGUUCCAAUUCCUGAGCUUAGUGAUUCCAAAUAUGCCAACCCUCUUGAGUUUGUAUGGGAAGCCAACAAAGAGAUGAACAAAAGGAAAAACUCUUUGGCCACUCAUCUCACUGGCAUGCUUUUGGAUACCCUCAGAAAACUCAGAGGCCAUGAGGCUGCAGCUAAAUACUUGCACACUACCUUAAGAAACUCAAGCACAACAAUCUCAAACAUCAUUGGACCAGUGGAGCAAAUGGCUGUGGCUAAUAUUCCAGUUAAAGGGUUUUACUUUAUGGUUGCAGGUUCCCCUGAGAGUCUCACCAUAACGAUCAUGAGCUACAUGGGGAAGAUAAGAAUUGCAUUUGGAGUAGAGAAAGACUUUAUCGACAAGCAAUUAUUCAAGUCGUGUUUGGAGAAUUCUAUUGAGAUGAUAACGGAAGCAGCAAGGAAGAUUUCAGCAUAAUCAAUGGAAUGCAUGUAUCAUGUAUUUCCACUAUAUUAUUGUUAAUAUUUAAUUGUUUUAAUUAAGUAUAUAUGGUGCAAUGAUUCUGCAAUAAGAUUUUUCUUUUUGUGAAAUGUAUUUUUAUUGAACUGGGACAGUAAUUAAGAUACUAUGAUGAUUGCAUCUA